AUGAAAGGAAUAGAUGUGAUUAUUGGUAUGGAUUGUGCUAGAAAGGUGGCUUUACUACUGAUGUUGUGUGCGGUAGUGGAUUCUUCAAAGAAGCCUGAGUUCUUGUCAGUGGUUAGUGCUGAGAAAUUAAUUCAACAACAUUGUGAGGCGUAUAUGGUAUUCUUUACCUCUAGUACAAUGUAUGAUGGUGGAAUCGAGAAGUUUGAGGUACUAAGUGAGUUCCCAGAGGUAUUUGCCAAUGAAGUGACUGGAUUACCUCCUGGAAGGGAAAUUGAGUUCUCAAUUGAUUUGGUUUAUGGAACUGAGCUAAUAUCAAAGGCCCUGUAUAGAAUGUCACCACUAAAAUUGGAUAAAUUGAAGAAACAAAUUGAAGACUUAUUAGACAAAGGAUUCAUUAGAUUGAGCAUAUCAUUUUAG